GAGGAAAAUUUUUCUUUUCUGUUUACAUUUUUUACUUUUGUUUUACUUUUUGGUACAAUUUCAUUUUUAAUUAGUUAAUUGUUAUCAAACAACGGCCAUUGCAAUUAACUGAUCUGCUAAAUUGUCAACUAUUCUUGUCCCAAUUGUUUUUUUUAAUGUGCUUCCAAAUGUUUUCUUUUUCUGGUUGAAAGUUUUUCUUGUCUCUCUCAAUCUUUUGGAGAUCUUAAUCUUUACUCUUUUUUCUGUUUUGAUUUUGGUUUUUUAAUUAUUUCGAUUGUUUUAAACACUUUUUAAUUAUGUCUUCGAAAAGAUUAUCGUUUAAUGAGGUUCUUGGUAGUCUGGAUUGUGUCGCUUAUGAACCAGAAACCGAUUGUAAAUCAGCCUUUUCUGUUGACAGAGCUUUUCAUGCCUUCCGACAUCAACGUGAUCUUUUUUAUCAACUUUAUGACAAUUGGAAAAACUUUCAAUCGCAAACUUCAUUCUCAUCUACUCAUACCUCAAGUGAUAUGAAAAAUCAAUUGGAAACUUCGGUUGGUCGGCUUGUAUCUCUUUCUCAUGAUGCCUCCAACAUGUAUCAUUUGGCUAAAUUAUUUGUCUCUCAACUUAUCCGAACCUGUAUCAUGGGAGGAACCAGGAAUUUUCUUACAAAUGAUCAAUCAGAUCAAUUUCUUUCAUCGAUUCAAAACGAUAAACUGAAAAAACUAAGGAAACGUUUAGAUCAUGCUGAAGUAGAACCUCCAUCUACCUUUAAUGAUGAAGAAUCUUUUUUCUAUCAGUUUAUUGUCACCAUAAAGAAUCAAUCAUUUUACUCUUAUCUUAAGUUGAUGUUGGUUCAGAAAAUUGAAGAAACCGAUAGAUGUUCACCCGUUUCCGGAGAGACCGAUGAAGAUCUGAUUGCCGACGAGAAGAAUAAUAUCAAACAUCAAUUUACGACACUUUCGCUGACCCUUCAAGUUUUGGCCAAAUUUUUGGGUCUCGUUGUUUUCCUACCUUAUCAAGUUUCCAAUUCGUGUUCCCUUCAAUUCAUUGAGACUCAAGUUUCACUUCGGAAAGAUGAUGUUUCCUGUAUCAAUUUUAUCGAUCUAAUCAGAAAAUCGGUCGAGUUGAGGAAAAUAUCCCUAACCAUACCCUGGAUUCUUCAAUUUCUCCGACAAAUGGAUACAGUUUCGCCUCGACUAAAGUGUUAUCAGGAUACAAUUAAGGCAAUUUGUAAAGUGAAAGAAAAUCUAUCAUCAAAUAGAUUCAAAUGUGAUACCAAUACGAAGGCUUAUCUUAUCAACAUAAUCAAUUCUUUCAAUGAAGAUUACCAGAAUUACAAAUAUUUGGAAACUGGUUCAGGGAUUGAGUUUUCUCGUGACGUUUCAACAAUCAACUUUGAUGAAUAUCAUGGAUUAAUUGACGAGGAUUAUACUUGUAAUCCAACUGUUAAUCUAUCGACAAUCAUAACAAGCCCUUCGAAACCUUUGAUUGUCACAGCACCAUCAUCUUCAUCGCCUCAGAAAGAAAAAAAUCGAUUAACUCCAAGAAAGAUUCGUCCAGUUACUCUGACAAACAAUAAACUAAAUUCAACCGUUGGAAUUAAUUCACCUCGACAGUUACAAUUUCAAGAAUUAAUCGCUGAAAAUGGUAAAGAAAUAGUUCGAGAAUUAGAAAAUGAUUUUCUAAGUCUUCAUCCAAUGUCUCUGGUUAAAGUGAUCGAACUGGUUUCUGAACGAAUCUAUUCGAGGUGUAUUAAGGAAUUGAAACAUUCAAUAAUCUAUCAAGCUAAAGAGACAAUCACUGAUCCUAAAUUAUGCGAAAAUGGAAAACCUUGUUUUCAUCGAGUUCUAACUGUCAACUCGAUACGAGCUUUUUGUUCAGAAUUUGCCCACGAAUUUUGCUCACUCGAAGUGCCAAAAAUUAUUCCUCUUCUUCUUUCGGUUCACGAUUACACGAAAGACACAAUGACCUUUGCCGCGAGAUUAACUGUCCACAAAACAUGCGAGAAAUGCUGCCAAUGGAUCAUCAGCAAUAUUAACCCCCAAUGGUUGACCAGUUUCUUCAAGAACUCGACAAUUUCCGAUGAAAAGUUGGAGAGAAAAUUGGACAUUUCUGGUCCAUUUAAUUCAGUUCGUGAUUUGAUUCGAAAGUUAUUAAUCCAAAGCGGCAAAUCUUUUCCCGAUCUUGUAUCUAAAAUUAGUUCCUUAAUCACUGAGCUAACCAAUGUACGAAAAUCUAAUCUACCAGAAAGACACAAGAAAAUAUUGGAUACUGCAAUUCACGAUUUAACAAUCAGUGUAAUUGUUAACUCUCCCAAUCAUCUUACCAGAGAGACGGUUAAUCAUUUGCUAAAUUAUUGGAAAACUUUCACCAUUAAUUUGACCAAUUUUGUUUCUCCUCGAAAUGUUAAUCUGUUAAAUCAUUGUCCCAAUAUUAACGUUAGUUGGGAUAAGUAUAUUUACUUAUUAACUGAGAUAAUUAAUUGUGAUAUUUAUUCAAUCAACGCUUUUCAAAUUGAUUGUUUAUCGACACUUAAGCAAAUUGAUCACGAGAGAAUCACUUUUUUCACCUCUUCUCUCAAAACGAUCAUCUCGGACAUUACGAAAAAAUCACCGAAAAAAAUUAAUUUAAAUGACUUGUCCAACUAUUUGGAUGAAUUGAAUGACAUUGAUUUUCCAGCGCUUGGUUGAAACAAUUAAACUGUGAUCGUAAUUAACAUUUAAAUUGUCCGAAAUUAACUUUUACCCAAUUCCAAUCCAUUUAUUAAUAUUAUUGUAAAUAUUAUUGUAAAACCUUGACCAUACAUUUUAAUUUAUACAAUGUACAUUUAAUUGUAAACUUGUGAACCGAAUUAAGUAAAAUGCAACUCAUUUUACAAAUUGAAUCAUCUUAAUUUGCUCAGCUGAUUAAAGAAGCUAAAUUGGCUUAAGCUAAUUAGCUAAUCAAGGUUAGAGAAAGUUUUUAAAAUAAACUAAAUAAACACUUGAUAGAUUAAAAAAUUGAUCAGUAAAUGACAAUAUGAGAAUUUUAAUUGUUUUAAAUUAUAUUGGAACAAUUGAGAAAAAAAGAUUCCACUCAAUUUAUCAGAUUAUCUGUCGAUGAUUAACUUAAUUGGUCAAAAUGAUUUAUCAUCAGUUACCAAGGCUACUGACCUGAUGUUACAUUUAAUUGUUGCUACUGCAUUUCGGACGUUAGUUAAUCGUCAUUACCAAGACUCGUUUUCACUCCUAUUUCAUUUCCCUGCGUAUAUUUAAUUGUUGAUUGUUGGAAACCAGGAAAGUUAAUUCACUUUUUGUUCAAAAGACACGUAAUCUUUUCGGAUAUUUGAUUAGCCACUUUUUUCUUCAGUUGAAAUCGUUUGUUCGUAUUGCGUUUUCGUUU